AUGGCGCGGCACAGGGGUCUUUCUUUGAAAGAAAUUGAUGAUAUUAUAAAUGACGAUGCAUUUCUAAGUUCUGAUGAAGAUGAUGAUGACAAUGGCCCUAUAGAUAUUGUGGAACUUCCUCCAGAACGAGUUGGUGAAGAGUCAGACAACGAAGAUAUUGAUGACAACAUUAUUGAUGAUGAUGAACCGGCAGAUGUUCCUGGACCUGUUGAAAUUCAUUGCGCAGCAAGGGAAGAUGAUCAUGUUACAGUGGCCAUCGCGUCACCAUCAACAAGCACUGCUACAAAUGAUACAGGCCUACCACCUGCCAAAAGGAGAGUGGUACCUUUGAAUCCAAAGUGGAAGAAGAGACAACCAAUUUAUUCUAAAAGCUACCCAAACUGUGAUGUUGUGGAAAAAAGAAGGUGUGAUCUCAUCAACUUACUCAGGGGGAAAAGCCCUGUGCAGUGUUUUGAGAAGCUAUUUGAUGACGCAAUUAUCACAGAUAUUGUCCGGCAAACUUGUGAGAAAAUGUAUGAGUCAAACAGAUAUCUGGAAAUAAAACGCUACUUCCAUAUUACUGACAAUUCUGACCUGGAAGGGAUCCCAGAAAAUGAAAGGGACAAGCUCUUCAAGAUUCGCCCAUUGAUUGACAAACUAAACGAAAACUUUCAACAAUUUGGUGUCUUCUCUGAAAGUCUGAGCAUUGAUGAACAAAUGGUCAGAUAUUUCAGACACCAUUACCUCAAGCAGUUUAUGCGUGGUAAGCCUGUAAGAUUUGGAUUCAAACAAUGGGCGAUUUGCUGCUCACAAACAGGCUAUUGUUACCAGAUGCAGGUGUACGAAGGCAAGGCUACAGGCAGUGAUGAUGAUGCAGGCGUGUCCGGACUUGGGGCAUCUGUUGUCUUGAAAAUGAUUUCGAUUUUAGAGACACCAUAUGCUCACAAAAUUUAUUUUGACAAUUUCUUUACCGGAUUCUCCUUGAUGAAAUAUUUGAAAGAUAUUGAUGUCAGGGCAACAGGAACUGCUCGAUUCAACAGAAUGAACAAGUGCCCUAUUGCGCCUGACAAGGAAAAAAAGAAAAAAGAAAGAGGUACAUGCGACUACAGAUUUGAUUCUGAGAAUGAAAUUUUGGGUGUGAUUUGGAAUGACAAUAGCUGUGUAAAGCUACUAAGCAACCAUGAACCCAUUGAUCCUAUGUCACAGGUGAAGCGAUGGAGCAGAAAAAACAAGAGAGAGAUACAAGUCCCCCAACCCAAAUUGAUCACAGAAUAUAGCAGACACAUGGGUGAGGUUGAUAAGAUGGAUUGGAACGUCCAAAAAUACAGAAUCAAAGUCAGGGAGAAAAAGUGGUGUUUCCCUUUGCUGACCAAUGCCAUUGAUGUAGCAUUGGUGAAUUCCCAUGCACUAUAUUGUCUUGCAAAUGGUGCAAUUCCUCUCUUGGAUUUCAGAAGAUCUGUUGCCAGGGCAUAUCUUGCUCUUUCUUCGCGAAUAUCUGACCCAAAAAAGGCUGGGAGGAAAUCCUUCUCCAAACCAGCCAAGAGUCGUGUUCCUGUUGAUAUCAGAACCUCUGGAACUGGUCACUACAUUGAACGCACAGAAAUGGGCAAACAAAGGAAGUGUGCAGUGUACAUUUAA